AUGCGUGCGCUCCGCGGCCGAGCCGGGCUGCUCCUCUGCGUGCUGCUGCUGGCGGCGCUGCUGACCGCGGCGCUAGGGCUCCCCAUGAGGGAGCCGCGGGGCGGCGAAGUUCAGCCCCGCAGCCGCGGGAGGCUGGCAGAGGCCUCAGCCUCCCCAGAUCCUAAGUCUCCGAAGGAAGAGGAGGAGGGACCACUGCUCCCCCGAACCCACCUGCAGGCAGAGCCACACCAACAGGAACGCUGGACUCUCACUGAGCCGGCAGCUCUGACCCUGGGCCAUGCCACCCCUCCCACAACCCCAGGCAAGGCCACCCCUCCCAGGACCCCGGAGGUUACUCCCUUGCUGCUGGAGCUGCAGAAGCUGCCGGGAUUGGUCAACACAGCCUUGAGUACCCCAAACCCUGAUAUCCAGGUGAGAGAGCUUCAGAAGGGCCAGCAGCCCCUCAGACACCCAGAGAGAAGGGGAUUGAGAGGGUGGACUCAGGAUAGCCUUCAUCUUGGACUCUGUGGAAGGUGGGGCUUCUGUGUGGGAGCUUCUCUGGGAGAAGAGGAAGGGGGUACUCAUCUCAAGGACAGAGCCCCAGGGGAACAAGAGGAGAAGCGGGAGGAAAAGGAGGAAGACAAGGAUUAUUCUGUAGAGGAAAUCAAGGAUCUGGACCAAGAAGACAAAAAGGAGGACGAUGAUGAAGAGGAGGAGCUCUGGUUCAAUGGGACUACAGACAACUGGGACCAGGGCAGGCUGUUCCCCAGGGCUUGGGUCCUCAAGGAGUUUAACAUCAAAGAUCAUGAGACUCAGGAGGAGUGGAGUCCCUGGUCUCCCUGCAGUGGGAAUUGCAGCGCUGGCAAACAGCAAAGAACUCGGUCCUGUGGCUACAGCUGCACCUCCAUCGAGUCCCGUAGCUGUGAACUGCCCUUCUGCUCUGACACCGAGGACAAGAACAUCUCGGGCCCCCUCAGUGAGGAGUGGCAGCUCCUGAACAAGAGUGCUACAGAUUUGUUUGGCCAAGAUGUGGACAGCUGCGAGAAAUGGCUGACCUGCAAGAACGACUUCCUUACCAACUACGUAAGCCAGAUGCAGCGGGACCUGCCCAGCUGCCCGUGUGUCUACCCGCGGGGGGCCAUAGAACGCACCGUGAGCAUGCGGGACAACCAGCGCCAGGGCCGCAGAUAUCGGUGGAGGGACGCCAGUGGCCAUUCCGAGCGCCUGGACAUCUACCACCCCACGGCGCGCUACUGCCUGCGCUCCCUGCUGUCCGAGGAGAGCAGCACGCUGGGCGCCCAGCACUGCUGCUAUGACAACCACCGCCGGCUGCUGACCCGCGGCAAGGGCGCCGGCGCGCCCAACCUCAUCAGCCCGCAGUUGUCACCGCAGCUGCACUUCAAGGUGGACACGCUGCCCUGGAUCCUGUGCAAGGGGGACUGGAGCCGCCUCCACGCCGUGCGCCCCCCCAACAACGACCGAGCCUGCCCGGACAACCCCCCGUUGGAGGAGUACCUGGCACAGUUGCAGGAGGCCAAGGAGUACUAAUGCCGGGGCUGCCGAACAGAUG